GGCUGGCAGCCAUCUUCGUUUCAAGCUUAGCGCCAUCGCUCCGUUGUGUUUGGAACAACCAACCAAGCGCACUCCGAGCAGGACCGUGUCCAAUAAGAGGCUCCAAGAAGUUGGCGGCAGCCAAUGUCCGACACACCGGAUAAACACAGACGAAUCCCCACAGCCAAAAGAGCGCGCACCGACGCUUCUCCUCGCCCCAUUGUUUGAGACGUCCAUCCAGCCGGAGGGUAAGCCAAAAUGGGGAAGGAUCCAAAGAAGCCGAGGGGUAAAAUGUCCUCGUAUGCCUAUUUUGUGCAAACAUGCCGGGAGGAGCACAAGAAGAAACAUCCUGAUGCCUCCGUCAACUUUUCAGAGUUCUCUAAAAAAUGCUCUGAGCGAUGGAAGACAAUGUCACCAAAAGAGAAGGGCAAGUUUGAAGAUAUGGCCAAACAAGACAAGGUGCGUUACGAGAGGGAGAUGAAGAAUUACAUACCCCCCAAGGGUCAGAAGAAGAAGCGAUUUAAGGACCCUAAUGCUCCCAAGAGACCACCGUCCGCAUUCUUUCUUUUCUGCGCCGACUUUCGCCCCAAAGUGAAGGGCGAGCAUCCCGGCCUUUCCAUCGGGGACACGGCGAAGAAGCUCGGAGAGAUGUGGAACAGCUCCUCUGCAGAAGAAAAGCAGCCGUAUGAAAAGAAGGCCGCCAAGUUGAAGGAGAAAUACGACAAAGAUAUUGUGGCAUACCGCACAAAGGGUAAGGUGGAUUCAGGAUCUGCUGCUGCAGCUGACGAUGAUGGCGAGGAAGAAGAGGAGGGAGAAGAGGAUGAGGAAGAAGAGGAAGAUGAUGAUGAGUAGAAUUCGUCAAGAUGGGACCUGAAGUUUUGUUUAUGCCAUAUAAUCUUAAUGUACUCGGUUCACUAUCUUGAAUCUAAAACCCAGUUGUAUAUUUAAUGUUUUUAUGAUGUACAGUGUUAAUCUCCCUUUUUUGUAAAGGUAACACUACAUAUCCUCAGUUUGAACUUUUUCUAGUGCUAGUCCUUUAUUCCUGCCAAAUUAUAUAACUAUUUAGAAAGACUACAUAUCAGUAUGGAAGUAGCUAGUCUUUUUGUGUUAAGUGUCAAAAAUGAGGUUUAUCAGUUGCUAGUGUAUUAUUUGUUUUGAAAAUUAUUUUUUUAUGUGCC